UAUAAGAAUUGUGCAUGUUUUCACCCGUUUCACUUUACAUCAACCGUGGACCAGUCUCUUUAUUAUAUUCCUAAUGUAUAACAUGAUCAAUUAAUAGAGAAACAACAGGGAAAGCCUACGUAAGUGGAGACGAAUCGGCUGCAGCCGAUCGCUUUACAAUUGGGAAUAUACGUUGAUAUAUCGGCACAUAUUUCCCUUGAUUUGUAUAAACACAAAUCCAUGCAAAUAUUUCACGGUCGAUCGGGAAUUGUCUAAAGGAUUUUGCAUGGCGUUGGAACAUCGGCAGGUUUAAUGGUGUCAACGAUGGAAUUUAGCUUUCUGACAGAUUCAUACGGUCGUUUGAUGUUGCACCCGACCUUUUCGGACCAGGAUUGCUUUUCCAGGUUUGAGUUUUGAAAGCGGCAGAUUGAGGAUCCAUGUUUAACAUGAGAAGAGCCGACUAGUAGCUGGCUAUGUCUGAAAUGUAGCUCGAAUAUUUUAUGAACACUUUAGAUGAUUUAUAUUUUACAUCGUGCACUAGUCAGUUGAUAGCCGAGUCAAUGAAGAGCAACAUCAAUUCAUUUAAGAGCUGUUCCAAACCCUUACAGACCUAAGGAAAUGUAGGCUUAAUGCAUGCGUAGCCUUAUUGAAUAGUUGUGCACACCAAGAUACGUUCAACAGUCCAAGAGCAUUAUUCAUUUUAAGACGGGUCAACGAAGAUCAGUGUUUAAUAUAUGGCUAUCUACCAGUGGACCGCUCUUCUCUAUGUUUAAUAAUUUGCACAUUACAGUUGAUCUGAAGCAGAAACUGACUUGUAAAUUAAACCAGUACAGUUGGUUUUUAGUUUGAUAAGGCAUGGCCGACAAGACUGCUCCUCGUUGCCAAUUGAGGUUGGAAUGGAUUCAUGGAUACAGGGGACAUCAGUGCCGUAACAACUUGUAUUACACUGCGGGGAAGGAGCUAGUUUACUUCGUGGCUGGAGUCGGCGUGGUUUAUAAUACGAGAGAACAUACCCAGAAGUUUUUUCUUGGACACAAUGAUGACAUUAUCAGCCUCGCUAUGCAUCCUGACAAGGUUCAAGUGGCCACAGGACAAGUAGGGAAGGAUCCCUACAUCUGCAUUUGGGACACGUAUGCUUUGCAGACGGUGUCCAUCUUGAGAGACAUGCACACACACGGGGUGGCGUGUCUGUCCUUUGACUCAGAUGGACAGCGACUGGCCUCCGUUGGACUUGAUGCAAAAAACACUGUGUGUGUUUGGGACUGGAAGAAAGGCAGAGUUCUGGCUGCAGCAACUGGACACUCAGACAGGAUUUUUGACAUUGCAUGGGAUCCAUUCCAGCUCAACAGGCUGGUAAGCUGUGGGGUGAAACAUAUCAAGUUCUGGACUCUGUGUGGAAAUGCAUUGACACCCAAGCGUGGGAUCUUUGGCAAGACUGGGGACCUUCAAACCAUCCUGUGUCUAGCCACAGCCAAGGACGAAGUGACAUACUCAGGGGCAUUGAACGGGGACAUUUAUGUCUGGAAGGGGUUGAACUUGGCUCGCACUGUGCUAGCAGCGCAUGGGGCAGGGAUCUUCAGCAUGCAUGCCUGCGAGGAGGGAUUUGCCACAGGGGGAAGGGACGGAUGUGUGAGACUAUGGGAUGUAGACUUCAAACCCAUUACCAAGAUUGACCUCAGGGAGACAGAACAAGGAUACAAAAGCUUGUCUAUCCGGAGCGUGUGUUGGAAGGCUGACCGUAUCCUGGCAGGCACUCAGGACAGUGAGAUUUUCGAGGUGAUGGUGAGGGACAGGGAUAAGCCUGUGCUGCUGAUGCAGGGUCACUGUGAAGGAGAACUGUGGGCUUUAGACGUUCAUCCCAAACAGCCAGUAGCUGUAACCGGCAGUGAUGACCGUUCAGUAAGACUGUGGAGCCUCGGGGACCACAACCUCAUUGCCCGCUGCAACAUGGAGGAGGCGGUUCGCAGCGUGUCUUUCAACAACGACGGCUCUCAGCUCGCUCUCGGCAUGAAGGACGGCUCUUUCACUGUGCUUCGUGUCAGAGACAUGACAGAGGUGGUGCACAUCAAGGACAGGAAGGAAGUCAUUCACGAGCUCAAGUUCUCCCCGGAUGGUUGUUUCCUGGCGGUGGGCUCCAAUGAUGGCCUGGUGGACAUCUAUGCAGUGGGGCAGCGCUACAAGAAGGUGGGCGAAUGCAACCGUUCCACCUGCUUCAUCACGCAUCUGGAUUGGUCGGUGGACAGUCGCUUCCUACAGACCAAUGACGGGGGAGGAGAGAGACUCUUCUAUAGGAUGCCAGCAGGCAAACAGCUGUCCAAAGAGGAAUCUAAGGGUAUCCACUGGAUGACCUGGACGGGUAUCAUCGGACCUGAGGUCAACGGGAUUUGGCCCAAGUACUCAAAUGUCACAGACAUGAACUCUGUGGACGCCAACUACAGCAGCGCUGUGCUGGUGACCGGUGAUGAUGUCGGCCUUGUCAAACUCUUCAGGUUUCCCUGCCUUAAAAAAGCAGCUAAGUUCAAAAAGUACAUUGGACACUCUGCUCACGUGACCAACGUGCGCUGGUCUCAUGAUCUCCAGUGGGUGAUGAGCACCGGAGGAGCGGACCAUGCCCUGUUCCAGUGGAGGUUUCUCCCAGAGGGAGUCAUGAACGGGGUGCUGGAACCUCUUCUGCAAGAGGGAUAUGCUGACUCAAACAGUGGGGAAUCUGACUCUGAUGUCUCAGAUGUUCCGGAGCUAGACUCAGAUAUUGAGCAGGAGGCACAGAUGAACUAUGAAAGACAGGUUUAUAAAGAGGAUCUACCUCAAUUGCGAAAGAAGCUUGUGGGUUCGUUGAAGCGCCAGAAGGCACCAGAUGAAGGGCUUCAACUGCAGUUUGUUCACGGUUACCGGGGCUGUGACUGCAGGAAUAAUCUGUUCUACACACAGGCUGGAGAGGUGGUUUACCAUGUGGCAGCUGUCGCCGUAGUCUAUAACCGACAGCAGCAUUCACAGCGAUUCUACCUUGGCCACGACGAUGACAUUCUGAGUCUGACUGUCCAUCCCUUGAAAGACUAUGUGGCCACUGGUCAGGUUGGCAGAGACCCAGCCAUCCAUGUGUGGGAUAUCCAAACGUUAAAGUGUCUGUCCUUACUGAAGGGGCAUCACCUGAGGGGUGUGUGUGCUCUGGAGUUCACAGUGGACGGGAAGAGCCUUGUUUCUUUGGGCAUCGACGAAUCUCAUUCUAUUGUGGUGUGGGACUGGAAGAAAGGCGAGAGGCUGGCCAAAGCAAGGGGCCACAAAGAUAAACUGUUUGUAGUGAAGUGCAACCCUUUUCGUAUGGACAAGCUAGUUACCGUGGGCAUAAAGCACAUCAAGUUCUGGCAACACACAGGUGGAGGCCUUACGUUCAAAAGGGGCAUCUUUGGGAACCUGGGGAAGCUGGAGACCAUGAUGUCUGUCUGCUACGGACGCUCUGAGGAGCUGGUUUUCUCCGGGGCGACCACGGGAGAUGUGUACAUCUGGAGAGAGACGACACUAAUGAAGACCAUAAAGGCCCAUGACGGUCCAGUGUUUGCCAUGUGCUCGCUCGACAAGGGGUUUGUAACCGGCGGCAAGGAUGGUGUGGUAGAACUUUGGGACGAUAUGUUUGACAGGUGCCUAAAGACCUAUGCGAUAAAAAGAGCGGUGCUGUCUGCUUCAUCUAAAGGAUUACUGCUGGAGGACAACCCAUCUAUCCGAGCCAUCACUCUUGGACAUGGACACAUCCUUGUGGGAACCAAAAACGGCGAGAUUUUGGAGAUGGACAAAAGUGGCCCCAUGACCUUGCUGGUUCAGGGUCAUAUGGAGGGUGAGGUCUGGGGUUUGGCUGCGCAUCCCCUGCUGCCAGUAUGCGCCACUGUUAGUGAUGAUAAAACUCUUCGCAUCUGGGAGUUGUCUGCCAACCAUCGCAUGGUGGCUGUCCGCAAACUUAAGAAAGGUGGAAGGUGUUGUGCCUUUUCUCCUGAUGGGAAAGCCUUAGCCGUGGGUCUGAAUGAUGGUAGUUUCCUUGUUGUGAAUGCUGACACCCUGGAAGACAUGGUGACCUUUCAUCACCGGAAAGAGGUUAUCUCUGAUAUACGAUUCUCCCAGGAUGCUGGGAAGUACCUGGCAGUGGCUUCCCAUGACACCUUUGUGGACAUUUACAAUGUUCUCACAAGCAAAAGGGUUGGCAUUUGUAAAGGAGCCUCCAGCUACAUCACCCACAUAGACUGGGAUACCCGUGGUAAAUUGCUGCAGGUCAACACUGGUACAAAAGAACAGUUAUUCUUCGAAGCUCCAAGAGGAAGGAAACAAAACAUUAACGUGGCAGAGUUUGAAAAGGUUGAUUGGGCCACUUGGACGUCAGUUCUGGGCCCUACCUGUGAAGGGAUCUGGCCAACACUGAGUUUUGUCAAUGCUGCUUCUCUCACCAAAGACUGUAAACUCCUGGCCACAGGAGAUGACUUUGGCUUUCUAAAGCUAUUUGGCUUUCCUUCUAAGGGCCAGUUUGCCAAGUUUAAGAAGUAUGUGGGGCACAGUGCCAAUGUGACCAACGUUCGCUGGUCCAACGACGACACCAUGUUGCUGUCAGUAGGGGGUUCUGACACGGCCCUCAUGAUCUGGGCCAGAGAAGCUUCCGGGCACAAAGAGAACAAGGCGGUGGAUAGCGAGGAGUCUGACGACGACGCAGAGGAGGAUGGAGGAUAUGACAGCGAUGUUGCACGAGAAAAGGGCAUAGACUAUGUCACCAAGAUCUACGCUGUCAGCAUUCGUGGCAUGACUGGCACCAAGCCCCACCUGCAACAGAAAGAGGUGCCAGUGGAGGAAAGGCCUCCUGUGAGUCGAGCUGCCCCCUUGCCAGAGAAGCUGGUGAAGAACAAUGUUAACAAGAAGAAGAAAGUGGUUGAGGAGCUGGCCUUGGAGCAUGUGUUUGGUUACAGGGGCUUUGAUUGUCGGAACAACCUUCAUUACCUAAACGAUGGUGCAGAUAUCAUCUUCCAUACUGCAGCAGCAGUUGUCAUACAGAACCUCUCUGCAGGGACGCAAAGUUUUUACCUUGAGCACACGGAUGACAUUCUCUGUCUCACUGUCAAUCAACACCCAAAGUAUCAAAAUAUCAUCGCUACAGGGCAGAUAGGCGAUGUCACAGAUCUUCCAGAGUCUGAAGUUUGUGGCCUUGCCCCCUCUAUCCACGUGUGGGACGCUGUGACCAAGCAGACGCUGUCCGUCUUGCGAUGUUCCCAUGCCAAGGGGGUUGGCUAUGUCAACUUCAGCGCCACGGGCAAGCUGCUGUUGUCUGUGGGAGUCGAGCCUGAGCACACUAUCAGUGUGUGGCGCUGGCAUGAAGGCACCAAGGUGACCAGUAAAGGCAGCCAUGCUGACAGAAUCUUUGUGGUAGAGUUCCGGCCAGAUUCAGACACUCAGUUUGUUUCUGUGGGGAUCAAACAUAUCAAAUUUUGGACCUUAGUCGGAGGCUCUCUCAUGUAUAAGAAAGGAGUGAUUGGUGCUGUGGAAGAUGGCAGAAUGCAGACAAUGUUAUCUGUGGCUUUUGGAGCUAAUAACCUGACAUUUACUGGUGCCAUAAACGGUGACGUGUAUGUGUGGAGAGAGCAUUUCCUAGUGCGGGUGGUGGCCAAAGCACACACAGGACCAGUCUUUACCAUGUACACUACCCUGAGGGACGGCCUCAUCGUCACCGGAGGAAAGGAGAGACCAACCAAAGAAGGGGGAGCAGUGAAGCUGUGGGACCAAGAGAUGAAGCGCUGCAGGGCGUUCCAACUGGAGACGGGUCAGCCCGUGGAGAACGUUCGAUCUGUGUGUCGGGGCAAGGGAAAAAUUCUCGUGGGAACAAAAGAUGGAGAAAUCAUUGAAGUGGGUGAAAAGAAUGCAGCUUCCAACACCAUGAUAAAUGGACAUACUCAGGGGCGAAUCUGGGGACUAGCAACACACCCCUCCAAAGACGUAUUCAUCUCAGCCAGUGAUGACGGCACAAUAAGAAUAUGGGACCUUGCUGAUAAAAAACUUCUUAAUAAAGUGAGCUUGGGCCAUCCAGCCAAGUGUACAGCGUUCAGCCCGAACGGAGAGAUGGUGUCCAUUGGCAUGGAAAAUGGAGAAUUUAUAGUCCUCCUAGUCAACUCCUUAACCGUGUGGGGCAAGAAGAGAGAUAGAAGCGUAGGGAUCCAAGAUAUUCGAUUCAGCCCAGAUAACUGUCUGCUCGCGGUUGGCUCAGUGGAUAGUGCAGUGGACUUCUAUGAUCUGACUCUGGGUCCAUCUCUGAACCGUAUUGGUUACUGUAAGGACAUUGCAGGCUUUGUCAUUCAAAUGGAUUUCUCGGCUGACAGCAAGUAUAUUGAGGUAUCAACAGGUACAUACAACCGUCAGGUUCAUGAAGUUCCAUCAGGGAAGAUGGUAACAGAGCAAGCAAUCACUGAAAGAAUAACUUGGGCCACUUGGACAAGUGUAUUAGGGGAUGAAGUCAUCGGUGUGUGGCCGAGAAAUGCUGAAAAGGCUGAUGUUAAUUGUGCCUGUGUGUCUCACACUGGUCUCAAUGUGGUCACCGGGGAUGAUUUUGGGCUUGUUAAGCUCUUUGACUUUCCAUGCACAGAAAAAUUUGCCAAACACAAGCGCUACUUUGGUCACUCUGCCCAUGUGACAAAUAUACGUUUCUCCUAUGAUGAUAAAUAUAUUGUCAGUGCAGGAGGCAAUGACUGCAGUUUGUUUGUAUGGAAAUGCUUGUGAAAAAGCAUCACCAAAGUUCACUGGAAAAUUCUCAAAGAUGUUGAAGAAGGAACCAGGUGCCUGAAGAAAAAAUCAGAGCUGCUGUACUCCUGAAAUGCUGCAUUUACAAAUAGUGGAUUGAUCAUUUCUAUCAACCUCUGAAAUGGCAGGGUAAUUAAAGGGGAUUCCAGUUUUUGAUUCCUUACAUUUCCACUUUUGCAUACAAGUGGUGAAAAGUGAGAAAUAAGCCAAAAAAGUAUAAUAAAAUUUUAAUUUUCAGUGUAAGCAGACCUAAAAGAGUAACUGAACAGGCCAUUUCUGUGUUAGACGUAAUGCUCUGAGCAUGCAGUUCAUGUUAUAAUAAUGCCAACUAAAUGAUGAUAGUGAGUGCUAAAUGUGUAAUCUUAUUUCACAGAUUAAAACCAGAUUCAACCUGUGCUGGCACCAAAAUAGCGCUAUAAUUUCCCCCCACCUGACUCCCCUUUCAUUCCUCUUUUGCAAAGAAUCAUUGCAAUCAAGACCAGGAUUUAUGUGUUAAACCGUUCAUGAGUGUUAAGCAGGAAAACAAUUAGAAUAAUGGUUUUGGUGUUUAGUUACUCUUUCAGGCUUGGACAGUAAAAACAUCAAUAUCUAGGGUUGUG